AUUUUUUGUUUUUGUCUAUAAUUUUUGAGGUUAUGCUAAUAACUUCUAUCUGCUCACAAAAUAUUUAAUAUCUGAUUUUUAAAAAUAUGCAGAAGAAUUUUGUUUCAUUUUUUUAUAAAACAAAACACAUUUUUCAGUUCAAUCAAUUUUCAUCCAAAGUGCCUUCGAUUCCUGUAAAAACAUUAGUAAAUAAUAAAACAGAAAUUACUAAAGUGGAUGCGACCACAAUAUCUUUAAUAGAACGACUUUCUUUGGUAAAAUGUGAUACAGAUGAAGGUGUAAAAGUUCUAGAAGAUUCUAUUGCAUUUGCUGAUAAAAUCCUACAUAUAAAUACUGAUAACAUUGAACCUCUAUACACUGUCUUAGAAAACCAAAACUUACAUUUACGGGAGGAUAAAAUAACGCAGGGCAACUGUCAAGCAGAUAUAUUAAAAAAUGCGGUAUUAAAAGAAGAAGAAUAUUUUGUUGCACCACCAGGCAACAUACCAUUACAUGAAUUACAAAUAGAAUCAAACACACAAAUUAAGAAUGAAAACUGA